AAACUUAAAACCCCACGUGCAUAUUUUGACCCAAAGAAGGUUCGAAGGACGACUGAAAAAGAAAGAAAAAAAGCCUAAUUUUUUCUCUCUCUCUCACUACCAAAGAAGAAGAAGAAGAUCGAUCGAUAUUACAUUACAGAUAAAGGAACAGUGGAAUUUCAUCAAAUCAGCAAUCACCGAUUGAUUUGAUCAAUUCAGAAAUUAGAUUAUUAAGUGGUCGAGCUAUGAGGAGAUCGUUUUGAGCUGAAUUCGAGUUUGGGUUUUGAUAUUUGUUUCAGAAUUCUGAAGUUAGGCUAAGAGAAGCAGGGAAAUUACUUGUUUGAGCUCGCGCGGGAACAAUUUCAGGAAACUAGGGUUCUGAGGCUGUGAUCGGAAAAGGGUUAAUUUUUAUUCAAUUGGAUAAGAAAAUGAGCUUUAUUUGAUUAGGGUUUCAAAAAUGCCGUCUUCGCGGCAUUCUUCUAGAAUUGAUACCUCAGAGCUCAAACUUAAAAUAAUUAAGAAAGUUGGGCAUCAGAAAGCAGAGAGGUACUUCCAUCACCUUAACAGAUAUUUCAGUUUGAAGCUUAGCAAAUCUGAAUUUAAUAAGUUCUGUAUAAGUACAAUUGGAAAGGAGAAUGUUUCACUUCAUAAUCAAUUUAUUGGAUCUAUUAUCAAGAAUGCCUGCCUUGGUAAGAUACCACCACCUCUUCCAUCCAAAGGAAGUAAGGUACAAGGUUCAUUGAAUGUUAAAAUUGCAAAUGGGUAUCGAAGUAGUAAUUUUCAGUCACUCAGCGGAGGAGACAUUUUGCCUCCAUCACCUCGAAAGGCAAGGUCUUCAAGUCUCAGGGAUUGCAAGUUUAAAGACCGCCCGAGUCCUCUAGGGCCCCAUGGGAAGACCCAUAGUACCGUUUGUGAUGAAUCAGUACCUAAAGCACAGGAGCAGCAAAGUGCGACCGAAUUGGUUUCUAUAGGUAGCAGACCGCCGGGAGAAGUUUUUUCUGUGGAAGAUGGGGAAGAGGUGGAACAAUUUACUGGUAGCCCAAUUGUUCAAAGUAGAAGUCCCGUUAGAGCUCCAUAUGGGAUUCCCUUAAACACGGGAUUUGCGCGAAAAUCCAUUCGCAGCAGCUCCUUAACAGCUGUUCAUACUGAAACCUGUCAUAACAGUUAUGAGCUACCUGAUUCUAGGUCUUUGAAAAAGAUUUUGGAAAGGAAGAUGGAAAAUGAGGGUCUUGGUGUUUCAAUGGAUUGUAUUAAUCUGUUGAACAAUGGGUUAGAUGCGUAUUUGAAGAGGUUAAUCAAACCGUGCAUGGAAAUAGCUCGAUCAAGGCGUGCUAGUGACCACUCAAAGCAAGUUAAUUACCAGGCUAUGCAGGGUUUAAAUGGAAUUUUGCCAAACAGAUACAUGCAAAGACCAGCUCAAUCUGUAUCUGCAUCUCUGUUGGAUUUUAGAGUCGCCAUGGAGUUAAACCCACAGUUACUGGGAGAAGAUUGGUCUGUACAGCUCGAAAGGGUUUGCUUGCGCUCUUCAGAGGAGUGAGAAAAGAAAGUCAACUGGUAUUGAUGACAUUAAGUUAAUCAUGCAGUAUUCAUGCUGUAUGAGGGUGCCAGGUUCAUUUCAGUGAAGAUCUCAACCUUGAUAUGCUAUCCAAUUUAUACGAGCACUCCAACAAAAUAAGUUAUGGAUGAUGCUAUGACAGUUUUAGAUCCAUGACAUUUGGAGGUUGCAUAUAGUUAUAAAGACGGUUCCUGACAUUGGGCAUUGCAUGUGUUAAAUAUACGGUAAUCUGUGGACCUCCUGUGUACAAGUAAUAGUGCUAGAAGUCUUAGAAAGUUUAGUUGCCUUCUCUAGUAUCUGUUGUUUUUCUUUGUUUCGUCCUUUUUCUCCCCUUUUUCCUUUAUUGUUUUGGUAGGUAUCUGUCAAUGUUCAUUGUUUCACCUGAUAAUGUAAAAAUAGCUCUAUUUAGCUUUAUAGUGGCAGGAACUGUGAUGUUGUUAAUUAUUCAGCAAUUAAGGAAUCCGCUCUUAGUUUAGUUGUUAGUUGACCAUCUACUUGUAUCCUUUAAGCAAUUGUUAAUUAAUAAAUUUAAUUCAGUAUGA